AUGGCAGUGAUCAAGAAGAAGAAACCUUCAUUGACAUCUCUCAUCUUAGGGUGUUAUAUGACAAAGAAGGCGAGCCGAAGCGAAGGAGAGGAGAAGGAUGCAAUGAAAAUAAGAACGAGUCCGUUAUUCAAGAGGCUAUCUUUGUCGGACAUAAGUGAUCCAAGCUCGCCUAUGUCGGUAAUGGAUGAUCUUUCAAACUCCUUCACAUCUCAGAAGCUUCGUUUGUUCACGUUGUCUGAGCUAAGAGUGGUUACGCAAAAUUUCUCGAGAAGUAACAUGUUGGGGGAAGGAGGGUUUGGUCCGGUUUACAAGGGGUUUAUUGAUGAUAAGGUUAAACCGGGUUUAGAACCCCAACCGGUUGCUGUUAAGGCACUUGAUCUUCAUGGCCAUCAAGGCCAUAGAGAAUGGCUGGCGGAGAUAAUAUUCUUGGGACAACUAAGUAACAAGCAUCUAGUGAAGCUGAUAGGAUUUUGUUGUGAAGACGAGCAAAGAGUUCUUGUUUAUGAGUACAUGGCCCGAGGUAGCUUGGAGAAUCAGCUCUUUAGAAGAAAUAGUGUAGCAAUGGCAUGGGGAAUAAGGAUGAAGAUAGCCCUUGGUGCAGCCAAAGGUUUAGCUUUUCUCCAUGGAGCAGAGAAACCUGUCAUCUAUAGAGACUUCAAAACCUCCAAUAUAUUGUUGGACUCCAACUAUAACGCCAAAUUAUCUGAUUUCGGUCUAGCCAAAGAUGGACCUGAAGGCGAACAUACACAUGUAACAACCCGAGUGAUGGGAACACAAGGUUAUGCUGCGCCCGAGUAUAUCAUGACUGGCCACUUGACGACAAUGAAUGAUGUGUAUAGUUUUGGAGUAGUUUUGUUAGAACUGAUAACCGGGAAACAGUCAAUGGACCAUACCCGGACACGGAGGGAACAAAGCCUCGUGGAAUGGAUGCGACCCAUGUUGAGGGACCACAGAAAGCUAGAGCGGGUAAUAGACCCGAGGCUCGAGGGCCAGUACAAAUCUGAGGCGGCUCAGGCAGCUGCUACUCUAGCCUACAAGUGUCUAAGCCAAAAUCCUAAGUAUAGACCAACAAUGACCGAAGUAGUUAAAGUCUUGGAGUCUAUCCAAGAAGUUGAGACAAGGGAGCGUAAUGGCAACAAAAACGAAGCAAAGAAGUUUGUUGAUAUAAAAAAGUGUAGGCAUUACCGUAAAGGCCAAAGACGAGUGAAUAUCGCUUAUUCAGAUUCUCUCCUAUACAAAGAAUCCAGGGCAAAGCAGAACAAUGGGGUUUGA